GGGGGUACUCGACGUUUUCGCCAUCUAGGGUGGGGGAUUUGAAUAAAAAAUUUACUAAACCGUUAACGCCUUAACGGUUUACACGCUUGUGUAGCCUAUGUUUAACCGUCAAUAACGUUAGUUAAAAUUUUUUUCCACGCUGGAAUUAGCCGUCCAAUUUUGGCAUUUCACACGAACGGCUUGCUGCCAUAAUGUUUUGCAGUCCAAUUGUUUCUUUCUGAGUUUCCGCCGGUUUCCGCUCUUUCGAAAAAAAGGGGAACUGACUAAGGACCACCUGUCCACCUGUGUUUUACUUGCGAUGAUGACGACGCGUGCCAUAUGUGUCGAUUCAACCUCACUUUGCACAGGUGUUAGUUUAUAUACUGUAGUCUGCUGCAUCACAUAUUCCCAUAACAGGAACUUAUACAAGCCAAUCUCAACAUGCGUUGAUAUAGUCGCAAAUACGUAGUCUUUGAAAAAUAAUUUCUUGACGGAAAAUUUUUUUAAUAUGGGGAUAUAUUUUUAUGAUAAUAUUGUAUUCCGUAUUCAUCACCGAUAGACUGACAGAUUACAGAAUGUAUUAUACAAAUGUUGUGCGCAAAAUAAUAUGACAUAUUUUUUCUUUAAUUUUACUGAAAUUUUUGUAAUAAAGUGAUGAGACUAUCGUCUUUAAUACCCCCAUCUCGCUACUUAUUUAUAAAUUUAUUAUAAAAGAAAAACGGUUCUAGAAAACCUGUGAAAACAAACAAUAUUCCACUAUUAUUCAGGAAGAGAGGGGGAAAUGAUAGAACUUUGAAAACAGUCGUUGUCGGUAUCUGCUAUGCAACAGUCGCAUAGAAAGCGACAGAGCGCUCGGUUGGAAUUACAUUUAGCAGGUAGAUCUAUCAUGACGCUGUUUAUUCGGAAUUCUACAAUAUUACUGGAAUAAAAGUAGGAACUGAUUUUACUGAAAGGCCCUUGAGGUCAGUAUAGUUGAAACUAACCACCAAAAUGCCUCGCUACCAAAAGAAUCGUUCUUCACCGCGGAAAAUGCAAGGAAAAAAGAAAGAGAAGAAAAUCGUUGAUACGAGAGCGGAAUCUAAUUCAUUGUCAGAAGAUAGUGAAACCGACGGUGUCUCCACAUCAAAGACUACAGAACGAGAAGGAGCCGUGGAGGUAAUUCACUGGAUUCCAGCAUCGGCUGGAAGCGUUAUUCAGAUCCCCAGCGGGCAAGUUUCUGAGCAUUUCAGUAUCGAGCUUCAUAAAGAUGGUCAAGUUGUGGAAGUACCAGUUUUUCAUUCAGAUACGGCAGAGGAUUUGACGAUGCCAUCUUCUGUUCUGGAUGAAAUCAACUACGAUCAAUCAGUGACACAGUCUCCGGAGGACUCUAUUAAUGAAAUUAAAGAAACCAGUGUCAUCGUCUUUAAACCCGAUGCUAUCUAUAAAGAGGACGAGGGGGAAUCGAGAGGAAAUUUGGAACUUCGAAAAGAUCUUUUGUUGGAACCGCCUUCUAACUUCGUGGAAGUAAAUGAAGAUAAUGAACUUUUCAAGAAUGGAUCUCUAAUAGAUCAAGAAGAAUUGGAAAAUUCAUAUCUCGAUGACCAACAUCAAUCACCAACACGUUACGUGACUUUGGCCUCUUGUAAUCUGCCCACCAUCACCCAAUACGAUGGUGAGGUGCCGGACACCUCCGGUGAAAGCGCUAACAGUCUAACUCUUAUCCCAAACAUGCUCAAUUUCAACCCGUCGUGUUGGAUGUCCAACGCUCACGAAGAAGCUCAAGCUCAUUUUGGUCUUCCAUCGUCUCAUCAGCAAUUUGGCUCACCAUGCCAUUUUCCAAUGAUGUCAACAGAAAACACCCAUUUGGAAUAUUCUCACCCGUCGUUCAUGUUGAUGGAAGAUCCGUUCAAAUCUUUGUCGAUACCUGGAUCUAACCCGCUUUACCACCUAGAUACCAAUAAUCGACGAAUUUGGAUUCCAGAAAGCUGUUCAGCCCGCGGGACCGUUAUAGCGGAUCGUACCAGCAUGCCAGGAUCAACUGGACUCAGAUUGAGUCAAGUCCAAGAAGGAGACGUUUUCAUGGCAGCAGAUUUUGAAAAUGAAGAACUACUUCAACAUGCCGUCAGCAUAGAGCGUUAUCCAAAUCCCAGUCGUUGUUGGAGAGGUUCCAAUAGCAGCAGAGCUCAGUAUGAGAAAGAUUACAAGAAAUCGGCAUGCGAUCGGGAACGGACGCGUAUGCGAGAUAUGAAUCGAGCAUUUGAUUCUCUACGUGAAAAAUUACCGUACAUCAAACCGCCAGGGAAAAAAUUGUCAAAAAUCGAAUCCCUCAGGUUGGCUAUCAAAUAUAUUCGUCAUUUGCAAUUCUUAUUGGCGUCUCCUCCUGGUAGUACAGUUGAUUUUGAAGCAACCAACUUUUCUCUGGAUCCCUUACCAUCCUGGCGUUCUAUGGGGUUGUUAUCUACUUCUUCUAAUGGAGCUUCAACAUCAAGCGAUAUCCGUCCUACAACAAGCAGUAGUUACGAUUUCUCAUCUUUGUUAUUAAGACACAGUCAACAUCAGAACGUUGAUUUGGGUGCCUCAGGAUCUGGGAUCGUUAGCAUGCAGGAUGUUGAUCAACCGUUCAAGCAUUCGGCCAUAGGAGCAGCCCAAUUUUCUUGCUCAUACGAGGAAACUUCGCCGUUGAAUUGGAAUCAUCAGUCAAAUUAGUUACCUUGUGCAACCUGUUAUAAUACGAGUCAUUUGACGAAAUCAAGGAGUGCAAUACUGGCUAAUAAUAUUUUAUACGACUUUCCAUCAGCAUGUGUUUCGUUUUUUUUACCUUCCAAAAGCACGAUGUCUGCUGCAAUUCUUGACGAUUCUGUUGCAACAUAUCAAACAUAAUAAGGAAAUAAAAUAACCUAUUCUGUAGUUUAAUGCUAUAUAGUUAAUACAAACAUGCUGUACCGGAA